UAACCUUUUCAGACAAUUUCUGAAACAAAAUAAAAGAAGCUAUGCCCAUGCUCAGAUCCAGCUUUGUUUCGUUAAUCCUCGAUGUCAACUUACGCCGCACGUUACGUCCACGCGCACCCUUCUCUCAUCUCACCCAUUCCUCACGCUGCGUUUUCACUCCCCACACACCUCUAGGGUUUCGGAUUCAGACAUUUCACCACCGCCGCCACUUAUCCUCUUCUUCGGAGAAACACGGCGAAAGACCAUCUUCGUCUACGCCCCCCCGAUCAAGCCUCGCGGGUCACAAUCAGCUUGAUGACGACGAGAAAAGUUCCAAAAUUCUUACAUUGCCCACCGUAUUAACCAUUGCUCGUGUUGCUGCCGUGCCACUUCUCGUCGCAACCUUUUAUACUGAUAGUUCGUGGGGAACCACUGCGACUACAAGCAUCUUUAUUGCAGCAGCUAUUACAGAUUGGCUUGAUGGUUAUCUUGCACGAAAGAUGAAGUUAGGUUCUGCGUUUGGUGCCUUUUUGGAUCCAGUUGCUGAUAAGCUUAUGGUUGCAGCUACAUUGAUUUUACUGUGUACAAAACCUGUUGAUGUUGCUGUGUUAGGACCAGUUCCAUGGUUAUUGACGGUGCCUGCUAUUGCAAUCAUUGGUAGGGAGAUUACAAUGUCUGCAGUGAGAGAAUGGGCUGCGUCUCAAAAUGGGAAGCUUUUAGAGGCUGUUGCUGUAAAUAACUUGGGGAAGUGGAAAACCGCUACGCAGAUGACAGCUCUGACCAUACUUCUCGCAAGCAGGGAUAGCAAUGUUGGAUGGCUUGUAGCUUCUGGUGCUGGCUUGCUUUAUAUCUCAGCAGGACUUUCGGUUUGGUCUUUAGUCGUUUAUAUUAGCAAGAUAUGGAAAGUACUACUCAAGUAAUCAUAUAUGUAAUCGGUUUUGUUUUCCUUUGACCUGCAUUGAUGGAGAGGAUCCAGACUCUCAUUCAUCACCUGUACAAAACUUGAAUGAUGCAGCACUUGAGCAGUACCCUCAAGGGGAAAUGCUUGUAACAGCAAGUUCAAGAUAGUGUUGGUUGUUUUAGAAUAUGUAGAUGGUUUUGCUUUGCUCCGCUUGUUCCCAACACAAUAUGAAGUAUAAUAUUGGUUCAAAAGCCUAAUCAUGGUGUGUUUUAGAUUGGUUCCAGUUUUUCAACUUUUAGAUCAAUGCAACUAUGUUC